AUGUAUCUAUCAUGUCUCCCUCGGUCCCUUUCUUUCUUUCUUUCUUUCUUUCAUUCUUUCUGUAUAUGUAUAUAUCAUUAUAUCUAUCUAUCUAUCUAUCUAUCUAUCUAUCUAUCUAUCGCAGUCUGUUCAUAUCUCCCUCGGCCCUUUCUUUCUUUCUGUAUAUGUAUAUAUCAUUAUGUCUAUCUAUCUAUCUAUCGCAGUCUGUUCAUAUCUCCCUCGGUCCCUUUCUUUCUUUCUUUCUUUCUUUCUUUCUUUCUUUCUUUCUUUAUGUAUAUGUAUAUAUCAUUAUGUCUAUCUAUCUAUCUUCCUCUCAUCCUUUCUCUUUAUUUUAUUGUAUGCUUUGUCGUACGACUGAACUAUUUCAUUUUAGGCUGGCAUACUGAACGCCUCUUUGGGGGUCAAGAUACUCCGCGGCCAUCAGUUACGAGUUACUUCCCCUUCAAUGCCUUUCGAUAUCUACUUGGCACAUCAACCUUCUCUCCUUCAUCUAUCUUAUCUAAAACUUUUAAAGUCUUUUUUUUUUUUUUUGCCAUUUUUCAUUCUGUUCAUGUUUUUCUUCAUUUUUCUUUCUUUUUAACUAAACGCAGAGAUCCCCGGUUUGUCUGA